AUGGGCCUUGCUACUAUAUCAGCGGAAAUUACGGAACUAGCUGCUCGGGCCAGGGAUGGUAAAUUGCAACCAAACGAGUACCAAGGUGGUACUUUUACGGUAUCGAAUCUCGGCAUGUUCGGGAGCGUCACGGAUUUCACAGCAAUAAUAAACCCGCCUCAGUCAUGUAUCCUUGCUGUUGGUGGAGCAGAGACGAAGGUUGUUCCCUGUGAAGAGGAAGAAUACCGUAGCAUUAAAGUAAUGAAAGUGACACUUUCUUGUGAUCAUCGCGUGGUGGAUGGAGCCGUGGGAGCAGUCUGGUUACGUCAUUUCAAAGAGUUCUUGGAAAAACCGCACACUAUGCUCCUUUGA